GUUUACCGCCGAUACCUCAACAUGAAAUCCGUUAUCGCUCUCAUCGCUCUCGUGGCCUGCAUUGCCUGUGCCUCCGCUGGAUACGUCUAUACCGGAGGAUACGCCGCUCCUGUUGCCUCAUGGGGAACUCCUGUUUCCUACGGCUAUGGCUACCCCGGCUACGCUCCGGUCACCUACCCCGGCUACGCUAGCUACGGCUACGGAGGAGUGUACUCUCCUGUCUAUGGCGCUUACGGAUAUGGCCGCAAGUGAGUGAAGCCCUGAUGCUCCGAUGGUGCUUUGAAUGCUACCAGCCGAUGACCCCUGGACCGUACCUUCUGUGGAGAGUGAAGAGCAAAUAAACUAUUGGAAAAUUCAAUAGA